AAAAUUGCAAAAAAUUGGAAAAACGUGUGUACAGGUAAUGUGUAUAAAAGGCUUGCAAACAGGAGAACGGGAUUAUGUAGAAUUGGGGAUACAGUGGGAUCAAGCUGCUGAAUUGUGUUUUUUGGGUCUACGCUUACGGGCCGAAUGUGUUUCACCGUCAAACUGAUAAUAAGAGUUAAAAAUUACUACAAAUGAAUUACGAAAAAAUUGAUCUUGACUCGGUAGGACUGGUGUCAUAUGAUUUCGCUCCGCGUUGUAUUCAGCCGGACUCAUUAUUACACUGGCCCGUGUUUGACCAUUUCCACACCGUGUUAGAAUCGGCCAACACCUUUCUCUCGAUCAACCCCGGAGUACACGCGGUCGCCUGCGAAACGCUACACCUUCGCGUGGAAAAAGACCACAUACGAGACCCGGAUCGUAGUGAUUAUUUCCAGACAGGGGAAAUUCUCCGCCCGUUCGUUAAAGGUCUUCGCGUCUGGGUGCAGAAACGGCCAGAAAAUCUCCGCAGUCCCAUUCCGGAUCAGAUCAACUACAUUAACUUCGUGCCGAACAUUGCGAAAACGGAAGCCGCGGAUAAAAAUCCGAUGGAAAUCAUUACCGAGAUGAAUGACUGGAUUAAAGAGCACCGCAUUCCCGGCCGGAUUAUUUCCAUCGAUACACUGCAGAUGCGCGGUGUGGAAGGCGAAGUCAACGUGGAUAUUACCAGCUGGAAGCAGGACAGUGCCGCGCAUGUCAAACAGAGCUUUUUGAACUUUUUCCGAAUUUUCUACGUGAUUGAUGCAUCGUAUCCCGUCGAGGAAAUCGGGUUUAUGGAUUUUCUUCCCGAAACGCUGGAAGGUGUGGGGAUUUUCAGCUGGCCAAUCGUCGAACGCUUACCGGAAGUGGUGGAUCACGUUAGCCAAUGGGCGAAGCGCUUGCCGCCCAACGUCCGCCUCCUCAACUUUCAGACUAUUCUGUGUCGUUCUGACUACAAAAUGUGUCUGGAUCCAUACAAAACAUAUUACUGGGAUGAAUAUUUCCACGUGUACCAUCGACGACUAUUGCGUAUCGGGUACGCAUUGACCACGGAAAAGAGCCUUCCUGUUGUGCCGGUUGCCAAUAUGGUCACCACAGUAUUGUUCGCUCCCGGCAUCGUCCGCGACCCGCACUGGUAUAAAUGGUCCGGUGCGUAUGAAACGCAAAGCACGGUAAAGGAGCGUAUGAAUGCGUGGAUUAAACUCACGCAGGCUAGUGUUGUCGGGGUGGAAACGCUAGCGUACAAGGCUAGCACAGGAGCGGAGUGCUCCGAAGGGUUUAAUGCAAUGCACACCUGGAACGAGAAAGGUCGUCAUGGUGCCAAGCAGGAACAGUAUCUCAUUUGUUUAAGGGUUUAUAUCAACGGUGCGCCUGAUGAGCCGAAAGAUUUUCUCUGGCCAAAAACCUUGCUAGACUGGGAAAAGGAAAACCCGAGUAGUAAUUGUAAAUUUUGUUGAUUCUGAAUGCUGCAUAGAUUUGCGGUAGCCCAUGCAUUUAUCUAGGUGUAAAAGAUGUUUGUUCAUACAGCUAUUGUACAGAUAUUGUAUAUGCUAUUAUACUCUGCACAGUAAAUAAUACCUACAUUUCGUUGUGUAUGCCUAUUAAAUGUUCAAAUUUUGAACAAUUUCACUAUUGAUAAAGAUCUAGACCAUUCAAAUAAUUUUUUUAGUAAAAUCUGAAGCUGCUUUGUUUUAAUUUAUGUAUGUGUUUUCACGCGAUAAUGGUAAAUUUUGCUCUGUCCAACGAUUUCGUUGCAGCUUUGACCCCUUAUGGUUUUCUCCGUGCCACAGUUUAAAUAUAUUAAUUUUU